AUGCCGACUCCUCGUUGGCCUCCGGUUUCCUCGGUGCCUCCUUUUUCGCCUCCUACUGAAUCUUUCAGUAUUGGAAGUGUAGGAUUUGCUUCUACUAAAGCUUCGGUUAGUAAUGUUAUUUGGGCUACCACUAGUCCGUCUCUCACUCAGAUUGUUUUUUCGUCAUCAAGUUUCUCGUGUAGCUCAAUUUCAGAUAUGAGUUAUUUAUCUGAGGUUAUAGUGCCACCAGUUUUUGAAUCUGAACUCUCUAAUGCUCCAUCUCUGGCUGAAGAGCUUAAGGAUGGUAUUAUUUUGGAGCCUAUGCCUUUAGCCUUUCUUCCACCAGAACCGGUUAUCACUGAUGAAGAUUUCGAGAAGGAAGUGGAUCUCAUGAUGUUGGACCAAGAUACUAUGACUGAUGCUCCUGACAUGGCUCAUGACCCAGUAAAAACUAUGGUUGACGUAGAAACAGUUAGGAAAUACACUCAUCAUUUACCUUUCGAUAAAUGGAUUAUAAUCCCUUCUGUAGGUAAGUCUAGUGGUCUUGCUUUUGGUUUCAUUGAAAAGUCAUCCAUUGAGAUUCUAGGGCAUUCUCAUAAUAUGAUUCAUAUCCUAUGUGAUGUCACACCUGCAAUUAACAACUGUGUAAUAUCUUUCAUAUAUGGUUCCCUAAAUCUGAGUGGUAUGAAAGAUCAAUGGAGCUUCCUUAGUGACAUGCAUGAUAAUAAUAAUAAUCCUUGGACGCUGCUUGGAGAUUUUAAUUUUAUUUUAACCGAUUCUGAUAAGCAAGGGGGUAACCCAUCUGGCUCUUUCCCUCCUAAAUUUGUAGUGGAUAAACUUUUUGAGAUGAACAUGAAUGAAGUAUACUCCUUUGGUAAUCGUUAUACUUGGUGCAAUAGAAGAUUUAGAAAUCCAAAUGAACUGAUAUUUGAAAAGUUAGAUAGGGCUUUUAUGAAUGAUAAAUGGGUCUCUGUGCUUCCAAAAACUCGUGCCAUCAACUUAAGGAGAAUUUAUUCGGAUCAUUGUCCUGUUUUGGUUAAUUUGUUCCAUGGAAUGAGUAAAGUUAAUAUUCCUUUUAAGUUUUUCAAAUGCUGGCAACUUAAUCCGGAAUUCAAAGAAGUUUUAAAUAAUUCUUGGACUAAAAGAGUCAUUGGGUCUCCUUGCUUUGUUGUUGUUAAUAAGCUCAAGACUGUGAAAUCUGAUCUUUGUAAAUGGAACAUCAAUUCUUUUGGGCAUAUUAAGAUUACGAUAGCUAGGCUUAAUUCUGAGAUUGAAAGAUUACAAUCUCUACCUUAUUCACCCCAAGUUGGUCAGUAUAUUUUUAAUUAUUCUACCAACUUGAUUACUGAAAGCAUUAUUGCUAUUCCCACUCCUCAAGAAGUUAAAGAAACUGUCUUUAACUUGGCUUCUUGGAGCUCUCCGGGUCCUGAUGGUUUUCAGGCAGGAUUCUUUCAAGAUAACUGGGAUAUAGUGCAAACUGAAGUUAUUUCUCAUUCUGCUUUUGUUGCUAACCGUCAAAUUCAUGACAAUGUGGUAAUAACUCAUGAAAUUCUGCACUCUUUUAAAAGGAAAAAGAAGAAUAAUAAAAAUGGUUUUCUUGCUAUUAAGUUAGAUCUAUCAAAAGCUUUUGAUAGGCUUGAAUGGCCUUUCAUUCUUGCUGUUUUUGAGAAACUAGGUUUCUCAAAAGAAUGGUGUCAAAUGAUUUCUCAGUGUAUUAAUACUGUGUCGUAUUCAGUUUUAGUAAAUGGUUCGCCUAGUGAUGCUUUUUUCCCAUCUCGUGGAAUCAGGCAGGGGGAUUUUCUUUCCCCUUACAUCUUUAUUCUCUGUAUGGAAGUUUUGUCAAAGUUACUCUUGAAUGCUGAAGAGAAUAAUUUGAUUCAAGGAUUCAGGUUUAAAAAGGAUAGUCCAUCCAUCUCGCAUUUAUUUUUCGUUGAUGAUUGUAUGCUAUUUCUAAAGGCUUCUGUUACUUAUGCUAGAAAUCUUCUUAAGGUCAUAGAUAUUUUUGCUAAAGCUUCGGGUGAGGCCAUAAAUUUUGACAAUUCGGGUUUUAUUACAAGUAAUAAGAUGCAUCAUAAACAUGUUAAACUUCCAGCCAGAACUCUUAAAAUGAAAUUUUUGUCUAAUUCUGAAAAAUAUUUAGGAUCUCCUCUUUUUAUUGGUAAGGACAAAUCGAACUCUUUCAAUUUCCUUGUUGAUAAUCUUUACUCUAGAUUAAGUACUACCAAGAAGACUAAUAUUAAUGUGGCAGGAAGGACUAUUGUUACUAAGCAUGUUCUUUCUAGUUUAGCUGUGUACCAUAUGGGUUGUUUUCCUCUUCCUAAGAAGAUUACUUCGAAAAUUGAUUCAAUACAACGUUGUUUCUGGUGGUCUAAAAAGAACCCUAAUAGAGCUGCUUAUUUUAGGUCUUGGGGAGAUAUUGGCAAAUCUAAGUCUAAUGGUGGUUUAGGAAUUAGAAAUACUUAUGCUUUGAAUAGAGUUUUUAUUUGGAAUUUAAAUCCUCAUGUAUCCAGUCAUGCUUCAUAUACUGAUUAUGUUUUUGUUAAUGAUCUUAUGGAUUUAAAUAAUUGUUGUUGGAAUGAAGGAGUUCUUUCCAAUCUUUUUUCUGCAGAUGAAGUCUCUAGGAUUAAGGCAAUUAGAUUUAACCUUAAUCAGAGGGAUUCCUUGAUGUGGUCUCAUACUAUAAACGGAGAUUUCACAAUAAAAUCUGCUUAUAAAGUUUACAUGAAGGAUUUUCCUUCUCCUGAGGAUACUUGUUUCUGGAGGAAAAUCUGGGAAGUAGAUUGUUUACCCAAAAUAAAAUACUUUUUAUGGAAAAUCUUUGCUUAUAUGCUUCAUGUUAAUUCUCUAGUAUGUUUUUACAAUCCUGAAGUUGAUGUUCGAUGUCCUCUCUAUCAUCAGUAUGAAGAAACUGUUAUCCAUUUGUUCAUACACUGUUAUGUUGCGAAACAUAUCUGGUUUGGACUGUCUCUACUGCACUUGGUUUCGGUAGACCUGGAUUGGAUUGAUGACUAUUUCUUGUACUGGCAUGAAACUCAUUUAGGUACUUCCCCCUUUAAGGUUAACUGGCCUAGUAUUGGAUCGAUCGUUAUGUGGUAUAUUUGGAAACUCAGAUGUGAUGUGCUGUUUAGGAAUAUUUCUAUUUAUUUGAACAAGGUCAUUUUGGAAGUGCAGAGGAUGAUUAAUACGUAUAUCUCUCCUCGGAAUUUUUCAAAUGCUUCUCCUAUUGUUGGUCUGAGCUCUAGAACUGAGGUUGAACAUUUCAUGUUCAUUGAUGGUUCUUACAAGGAUUAUAACAUGGGUUUGGGUGUCAUUUGGUGUGAUAUUGCAGGUAAUGUAAAGGGUUUGCGUUCAGACUUUGGUUUGAUGACAGAUGCAGUAGGGGGCUGA